UUGUGUUUUGAGUGUUUCCUGUGCAAUACACAAUUAAAAUCUCCACAAAAAUGAAUUCAUCUAACAAGCCACGUACUAGUAUACUCGAUAAACCUUUAAGUAAAGGAAAAGGCGAUGUUUCUCUGAGUUGUUUCGCGUUACUCUUCUCUGAAGUGGUGCAAUACUCACAAAACAAGUCAAGCACUGUUGUCGAACUACAAAACAGAUUACACAGUCUGGGAUAUAAUGUUGGCAGUAAAAUCAUUGAUCUGUACUUUGUAAGAGAAAGAAAUGCAAAAAGAGAAAUCAAACUGUUGAAUAUUCUGCUUUUUGUAAAAUCAACAUUAUGGAAGGCUUUGUUUGGAAAGGAAGCUGAUAAACUUGAACAUUCUAAUGAUGAUGAAAACACUUACUAUCUGAUGGAGAAGGAGCCAAUAGUCAAUAAGUUUAUUUCUGUACCAAGAGACAAAGGCAGCUUGAAUUGUGCUGUGUUUGUUGCUGGAAUUGUGGAGUCUGUGCUAGUUGGUACAGGUUUUGCCGCAAAAGUAACUGCGCAUUGGCACAAAGGCACAACAUACAUGGUGAAAUUCGAUGAUGCGGUUGUGGCGCGUGAUAAGCAGCUGGAAGACAGAUAAGUAAUGAUUAAUACAUGUGCAAAGCAUCAACAAUUCCACAAUUAUUGAACAAUUGUUAAUAUAAUACCAUUCAACUCUAUUUACACGAAUUGCAUUUAAUUUAUUAUGAUUUUCGCUAGUAUUACUAUGUUAGCAAUAUAAGAUUGAUGAAUUUA